GAUAGUCUUGCUCUUGCUAGAAAACUUUGUAUAAUGUUCUUUAAUAAGUGAUUAAGGAAAAUUUUAAGCAAUGGAUAGCCAUGAUCAUGGCGUGCUGGGGAGUGGUAGACUUCCUUUAUCUAAUAAAAUGGGAUGGAGAAAGAAAAAAGAUGUUGCUGCAAGUGGGAAGGCGACAGACCUCGAGCAUGGAGAUGCAAUCCCGGCUGCCAAUGUGAGCUUCUCAAGAAUACUGUCAGUGGCGAAACCUGAGGCAAAAUACGUAAUUAUUGCCAUUGUUGCACUGCUGAUCGCAUCCACGUCAAGCUUAUUAAUACCAAGGUUUGGCGGAAAAAUUAUUGAUAUCGUGUCAAGAGAUCUACAAACUCAUAAGCAGCAAAGUGAAGCGUGGAAUGAUGUGAAAGACACUAUAAUAGAAAUCUUUCUGGUCGUCGUUGUUGGGUCAAUCAGUGCAGCAAUUCGCGCAUGGAUGUUUACUGCUGUCAGUGAAAGGGUAGUUGCUCGGUUGAGAAAGAAUUUGUUUAGUCACCUUGUGCAUCAGGAAAUAGCAUUCUAUGAUGUUACAAGAACAGGGGAGCUCCUGAGUCGGCUAUCUGAAGAUACACAGAUCAUUAAAAAUGCUGCUACAACCAAUCUUUCGGAAGCCUUAAGGAACCUUUCUACUGCAGCAAUUGGUCUUGGGUUCAUGUUUUCAACAUCUUGGAAAUUAACAUUGUUGGCUUUAGUUGUUGUUCCAGUCGUUACUGUUGCUGUACGUAAAUUUGGAAGAUAUCUUCGCGAGCUUUCCCACAAGACUCAAGCUGCAGCUGCUGUAGCGGCAUCUAUAGCCGAGGAAAGUUUUGGUGCCAUACGAACAGUUAGAUCGUUUGCCAAGGAAGAAUAUGAGAUUUCGCGCUACUCAGAGAAAGUCAAUGAGACUCUGAAGCUCGGACUUCAACAAGCUAAAGUAGUGGGAUUUUUCUAUGGUGGUCUACAUGCAUCAUCAACAUUAUCAGUGAUUUUUGUGGUGAUUUAUGGAGCUAGAUUGACAAUUUCUGGUUCUAUGACCCCGGGUGCUCUGACAUCCUUCAUCCUUUACAGCCUCACUGUUGGGACAUCUGUAUCGGGACUGUCAGGAUUAUAUGCAGUAGUGAUGAAAGCUGCUGGAGCGAGUAGAAGGGUUUUUCAGCUUCUGGAUCGUGUUCCAUCCAUGAAAAAAUCUGGAAACAAGUGUCCUCUUGGUGAUGAAGAUGCAGAAGUGGAUCUGGAGGACGUCUGGUUUGCCUAUCCUUCCCGACCUGAUCACACGGUGCUGAAGGGUAUAACGCUGAAACUGCAACCGGGGACAAAGCUUGCCCUCGUUGGUCCAAGUGGUGGCGGAAAGACAACAAUAGCAAACUUGAUUGAGAGGUUUUACGACCCUACUAAAGGAAAAAUUUUGAUUAAUGGAGUUCCUAUAGUUGACAUAUUACACGAUCAUCUUCACAGAAAGAUCAGUAUAGUGAGCCAGGAACCUGUGCUAUUUAACUGCUCCAUUUAUGAUAAUAUUGCCUAUGGUUUAGAAGGAAAGACAAGCAGCAUCGACGUGGAAAAUGCAGCUAAAAUGGCGAAUGCCCAUGAAUUCAUCUCCAAAUUCCCUGAAGGAUACCAGACCAUUGUUGGAGAACGUGGGAUACGGCUUUCUGGAGGUCAGAAACAACGAGUAGCAAUCACGAGAGCUCUUCUGAUGAACCCAAGGGUUCUACUGUUAGAUGAGGCCACUAGUGCGCUUGAUGCUGAAAGUGAAUACUUGGUUCAGGAUGCCAUGGAUUCCCUGAUGAAUGGCAGGACUGUCCUGGUCAUUGCACAUAGACUUUCGACAGUUAAAACUGCAAAUAUCGUGGCAGUUGUUUCCGAUGGUCAGAUCGUGGAAAGGGGGACACAUGAAGAGCUUCUUGACAAGAAUGGUAUCUACAGUGCACUGGUCAAGAGACAAUUACAAGGACCAAAGACUGAAGUUUAGACACUGCUGCCUGCACAUGCAUAUAAUUUGCUGCUGCAAGAUGCAACUCUGGGUCUUUUACUGAGCAAAUUGCACUUAUAACUUCUGUUACAAGUACAACAUGCAGAUUAGGUUUAUCUGCCAUUAUUAUUAAGUGUUCUAGAAUUUUUUUUAUUGUUAUUGUCAUUACUUUGUGUAUAAAUAAAGGUAGGAUGGGGAGAUAUAGGAAAUUCAGUACUUGUUAUUAGCAAUUUUAAUAUACCUCAUACUGAAGUUGCAUUUGUUGUAUCACCUCUGAAUUUACUUUGCAAAA